AAUAUUACUACAGCAACCUAGAUGACGCUGAUGCAAAUUGUAAUCGUUACUAAGGAAACACUUUAUUAAAAAAAGCAACACAAGAAAUAUAAUCACAUAAACCCAAAAUGAAACUAAAAAUUUCUACUUUUAAAGAGCCAAAACAUACGGCGGUCGUGACUUGUGUAUGUUGGAACAACACUGAGGAUGUAUUUUCUUGCAGCGAUGAUCACAAAUUAUUAAAAUGGAACCUGAUAAACAAUGAAUGUAUGACAGUUGCUGCAUUCGCAGAGGAUUUUUUCCCAACAUCCAUGAAUCUAUUUCCGAAGACGGGACAAAGUGGUGUAAAACAUCAACACGACGUUAUAUUAAUAUCUACAGCUGAUGGAAAGUUUCAUAUAGUUAAUCAUAACGGACGCAUAGAAAAAAGCGUCGUUGCUCAUCAGGGAGCUUGUUUGACGGCACAGUGGAGUCCUGAUGGUGCAGGAUUAUUGACUGGUGGUGAAGAUGGCUUUGUGAAAAUCUGGUCACGUAACGGCUUACUGCGAUCAAGUAUUGUGCAGUCUGAUGUGCCUUGUUUUAAUGCGAAAUGGAGUCCAGACAGUGGAGCUAUAUUAUAUACAAAAGGCAAUUGCCUCGUCAUCAAACAUUUGAAUUCUAACUCCAAAAUAAAUAAGUGGAAGGCACAUGAAGGACUUAUUCUUUGUGUAGCGUGGAAUCCAAAUCAUAAUCUUAUAAUUUCUGGUGGAGAAGAUGGUUAUGCAAAGAUUUGGGAUACAUUUGGACAGCAAGUGUCAAUAAGUGUAAAGCACGAUCAACCGUUGACAAGUGUGACCUGGUCACCCACUGGUAAUAUGUUCGUCCUAGGGAGUUAUAAUUUGAUAAGACUAUGCGAUUUGAAUGGGCGAUCUUAUUGCCUUGAUCGGCCUUCAACGGGCAGUAUUUAUAGUAUUUCGUGGUCAUCAGAUGGAACCCAGUUAGCUGCAGCCUGUGCUAAUUGUCACGUGCUUUUUGCUCAUAUAAUAGAAAGAGAGUAUACAUGGAGGAGCUAUGCCUGCAAGCAAAUAACACGUAAAAUGAUUACCAUAAAGAACAUAAUCACAGACCAAAGUGACCAAUUGGAUUAUCCGGAUAGAGUGAUACAAAUAGCUCUUGGCUUCAAUCACCUGGUUAUAGCGACCGUGAAACAGUGCUUUAUUCAUAAACUCACAUCAUGGAAUACGCCAGUGACCUUUGACUUGAAGGAAGGCAGUAUUAGCAUGAUAUUACUGGCGGAGAGGUGCAUAUGCGUCGUAGAGAGGGCCGGAGUGUCGGUAUACAGUUACAUGGGUCGCUUACUUGCCAGCCCCCGAAUCCCUCGACCAGAGACGAUUGGACAAGCAACUAUAUCUCUUGGGCCAGAUACAUUGGCUGUUAUUGACCAUGCUGAUCGAAAAUUAAUUCAGGUAUUUGAUCUUCCAACGGGUCUCAUUGUACGAAGCUCCACUGACAAUACGGUAACAAAAUUGACACACAAAAUGACUGUAUCGUGCAUCGCCUUAAGCCAAACAGGACCGCUGAAUGAGAGGCAACUAGCGUUAUUGGAUUAUAACCGGGAUUUGUAUGUGGUUACUGUUAAGGAAACAAAGCCUAAAAUGUUUAAAUUAGGACCUCAAGUUUUAAGCAUUACAUGGAGCAGUGAAACAGAACUUCUAGUAGGGUUGCGAGCAAAUUCUGUUGUUGCCUGGUGUUGUCCAAGAGCUGCAACUCAACCUGAUUGGUUAACACUCACUACCGUUAGCAAGGAUAUAAGCGAUUUAGGUAGAAACCCAAGUAUAAUGAACAUCGAAGAUGGAGUUGUCUGUGUACGCCGGGGAAAUGGCUCAUUGUUACGUAUAUCCCUUGCGUCGUUUCCGGAAAAGCUGCUGAAACAUAUAGCUGCCAAUAUGUGGGAUGAUGCAUUACAACUUUGUCGAACAGUUGAAGAUGAAACUCUAUGGGCGUGUUUGGCAGUACUGGCGUGGCAAUACAAUCAACUGCCCGUUGCUGAAGAGGCUUUUGCACUCAUCCAUCAAUAUCAUCAAGUUUAUUAUAUACAGCAUUUAAGGAACGCAAUACCAGAAAAACUCACGACAAGCCAGACUUUAAAUUCCAAAACAGUACUAAGUAAUUAGUUUCAUUAUUAGCUAGAUUUAAUUUGAUUUUUUUAGCAUUUAAUAAAUGAAUUAAAAUAG